CGAAGGGACCUAACUCACUUGGCCACUUCCACUUUGUUUGUUUUUCUUUGUCAAUGAAAUGUUCCUAAUAUAAAUAGGCUUUUCUUUCGAACUUACCAGAUUAGUUCAAUACAAGGAAAUAUUCAUAAGUUUGGUCAUUUAUUUUUCACGGAUUUUUAUUGUUUCUAAAUUCAUUGUUCGAAAGAUUGUGGAAUAUCAAAGGAAUAUAUAUAUAUUGUUUCUCCACUAUGAAGUGCUUAGGAUUUUUCCUCCAAAGGAAAGUGUACAUUGUCACUGUGUUUCUGUUGGGAAUAAUUCAAUUUCUUUUAAUCAGCAAAUUUCUUAGAGGUACAGAAGUGUUUCGGUUCCAGACCCAAUUUCAAAGUUCAAUGAUCCUUUCUGCAAAGUUUUGGCCGUCGAUGGUUGCCAAAAAUGUACAGCAUGACGAAACAUCACGCAAUACAACUGAUGCAUCUGCUCCGAAGCUCGUGGUUGCAAAGACAAUACAGUCACGAGCUACAGGAGAGGUCAGUUGGUCAUCUAUCAGAAAUACUAAUAUUACUAUGCAAGAAAUAAGAGCCAAAAUUAACAGAGCUCGGAACUUGUCUAUACAGAACACCAGUGCCUGCGCCACUGUCCACCUCAAUACGUCGCAAGCGUGGCGGUCAACAACAAAGGUUGGCUUUACGAACAGGACCGACUUUCACAGGAUGUCCCUGGCUUCUAGGUGUGGAGCUCUUUAUUACGAGGAGGUGACAGAACCGUCACCGUGGCCAGAGCUGUCAGCAUGGGAGCGAGACUACCUCUCCACCCCGCUUGUAGAAAGUUUUGACGACAUCGCCUGGGCCAAUACAUCAGAGAUAGAACUGGCCAGUCUGGCCGGAUUAAAUAACUCAUUUACUCUGGGGUCAGAGGUCAAGUUCACUAUUUUCCUUUAUAAUGGCCGCAAAGAGCGAAGAAGAUUGGGUGGCGAUCAGGUGAACGUGUGGCUGGUCAGUGACAGCCCCAAGGCCUCUAUCGCGGCUGAUGUCACUGACAACAAAGACGGCACCUACACGGCCGUGUCACUUUUGCCGUGGACUGGGAAGGUCAAGGUCAAAGCCGGAAUAGCGCACCAGAGGGAGAAAUUUAGAAUGAUGUUUUUCAUCCAGCGGGUAUAUAAAACUACAUUCUGGCACACUGGGAAUUUCGUCAGCCCUAAAGCAUCCGAAGCCACACCUUGCUCCGCCCUGCCUUAUUUACUCGGCUUCAGAAAUAACGAAUUUUGCAAUUUGACGGAAAUCAAUGGUUUCCAAUGGUACUGUGGUAAACCCGUCAAGACAGAUGUGCUAAAUUGUUCGCACUUCAUUUCGGUGACGAGAAUGGACCGAGACACAAUUCCGCCUCUGACAGAGUUAGAGGAAUGGCUGUUAGUCACAGUACGUAGCCUGAGGCCGUUCUUCAUCGCCAACAACAUUUCCAUUGACGUUGUGCCAGUGCCAUCUUCAAACAAGACUGUACUGCCAUUGCCAGAACUCAAUUGCAAUAAAAGGAAACUCUCAUCAACCUUUGAAGACACAAACACAUCCGGGUUUUUCUAUAAAGGAGACUGGCGACCUUUGGCGUGUCAAAUUCCAGAAGUGAACACAGAGACUGUGGUCACGUGUUUGAAAGAUACUCAGGUCAUUUUGGUAGGCGACUCUAACUCAAGACGACAGUACGAGCUGUUAACAAGCCUCGCUCCUUGUCAAGACAAGAUUGAGAGAACCGCUAAAAUCUGGCACGCGCCACUGCGCUGUGAGAACGAGACUACCAACAUGUCCAUUUCCUAUUUCCCGCACAGUUUCCCGUUUUUAGGCUCUACAGGAAGGUCACUGAACAACACUGACCUACGUGCAGAGACGAGAGUCCUAGAUUCGAUCCCCAGCCAUGGGAAAUACAUCGUUCAUUUUCACCACUUCUUACACCUCGUCGCCUACCACCUGUCCUACUUGGAAUACCGCCUCGGUCGCCUGCGUGAGGCCAUUGAACGCCUAUUGGCUAGAAACCCUCACGUGUUCGUGCUCUACCAAUCGGCGCACAGCGUCUACAACAGGCAGUCUAUGAACGGCGUCUUUUUCCAGCAGCUCCAGAGGCGUGUACUGAGAGGGCUGGGAGAGCGGGUGAUGUUCGUCUACACCUGGCCCAUGACCAUGGCGGCGGACAACGACAACGUGCACCCACAGAUCGCGCCCAAGUUUACGACCUACUACCUAGGCCAUAUAUGUGGACGCCAUUAGCUGCUAUUACGAAGUUUACGACCUACUACCUAGGCCAUAUAUGUGGACGCAAUUAGUUGAUAUUACGGCAUGCGUUGGUUUGAUGACUCAACAGUGGCAUAGCUAGGAAUUUGCCAUCAUUUGUGGUCCCGCGCGGGGGGGGGGGGCUUGACCUCUUAAGGGGCCCCAGCAUUUUGCGUAAUAUUUAAUGUAAAAACACUCAGUUUGGGACCCUCACGUUCAAAAUCUCCCCCUCCCUCCCCCCACCCUAGCUACGCCUCUGUGACUCAAAGAGGAUACCAUUGAAAACGUCAUGCGCACUGCUAACAUUUCAAAUGUAUUAUAUACUAGUUUUAGUAACGGGAUACUGUCUUGGAAGUAAAAUUAAAUUUCACUGCAAAUACAGAUUAUAUCACCAAAGAGGACAGCAUAGAGCUAACACUUUUAUACUACAAAGGAAAAUGUCCUUUAUUAGUGUUGGCGAAUGAAGGGUCCUAGUUGCUGUAUUAAACCAAUGUUAAGAUCUAGAUCUACAAAGUUUACACGAAUGCAUUUUAAAAAAGGUAGUAAUCUAAGAGACUAUUAGAUGUUUAAAUUAAAUAAGAAGUUAAGUUAAAGAUUCUAAUCGAUUCAGAAGUAGUUUGUUCACAGCUGUGGUAGUUAGUGUACAUUGACGACCAAUCGCAUGAGAGGCAAAAAUCACGUGAACCAAUGGUAUCAAUCUUAUUUGUCAACAGAAGAUAAAUAUAUAGGUCUAAGCAGUUCUUUUUUUUUUUUUAGUCUGGGAACUCAUGUAUAUAGGAGGGAAGAAAGUUUAAACUUUAUUUUUUAUUGGAUGUCUCUUUGUAGUAUGACAUUACAGAAAUAACGGACAAUCUUUCCAAUGAGGUCAAACAUGAUGGGCUCAUUUGAUCAUUGUUCAUUGUUACUGAAAAUCAAGAGAUAAAAUGGGUAUUUCGCCAUUUUUAGCAUUUAUUUUGUGACAAAAUGACAAUUAUUAAAUACAUUUCUCACAUAAUAAAGAAUACUCUUCAAUGUUAUCAUUCAAUAAAAUGCGCGCAGAUGUUGAACUAUUUUAAACACGUAAAAACUAAAACUAGUUAUUUUUAGACCAUCAUCUUCAUUUAGUACAUGCAUUCAUAAGCCCGAAUGUAUAUGCAAAAAUAACUGCAACAAAAAAAAAAAAAAACAGAUUGAACAUUUCAUUGUGAUUUUCGUAAACUUUUGAAGCAACUGUGUAUAUUCUGUGGAUUAUAAAAGAACAUAAACUCACCAGAUUGGAAG